GAAUAUUUAUACGAUUAGGAGGUGCACAUUUUUGAAAAUCUAAAACGAUAUCUAAAUUUUAAAAUUUUCGUUCCGCGGCAAUUUUAUUUUGUUUUUCUGUUUUUCUUGUGUGAUGUGUCAAAAUUGAAAAUUUGUUUAUUUUUACAAAAUUGUGCGAUUCAAUGCUCUCUCGAAAAUAAACAUAUGUACGUAUUUUCAAAAACAUUGAUCGUUCCGUGUGUCGAUGUCGCAAGCUCGCUUAGAACAAACAUUUUUAAUUUCAAAAUCACUUGCGUUCGAAAGUACUCGGUGCGUUUUGUUCGGUUGUUCAAUAAUGUUUUUGUUUUUCUAAAUUAUGUACUGUGAUUUAAAAACUCCAUAAGUUAUUGUAUUAAAUUCUGAAUUUAUUUUAAUUUAGGUCAGAUUAGUAAUAAUUGUGAUUUUUUUAAAUUUAAAUUAUGAAAUUUAUAACGUGUACGGAUGUGGAUGUCCUUAAGGAAUCUCCAUUACUGGAGACAGAUGUUUGUGCAACUAAUAAAGUGCAGUUGAUAUCAACAUGUUGUGUGGGGGGAAUGCUUAUUUGUAUGGCUGUUGUAGCAUUGGUGAAAUUUCGACAAAGGUGCUACAAAACAUUACUUAAAUUUCAUAGUUUACGCUCGGCUAUUGUUGUAUGCCUUCUGGUCAUAAACACUUUGGAAUUGGGAAGAGCAUGUCUGCCGUUAAGUCAACAGUUUUUAACAACACUUAAAGGUGUCAGUAAUGAAAGUGUGGCUGCAAAUGACAGUUAUAGCAGUAUGAAAAAUAAUUACACAGAUUUAAGAGCAACUUAUAUUGUUCCUUUACGCCGAAGUUUGCCACACAUUCUGUUUUUAUUGCCGGGACUUUUGGAAAUCUGGAAUGCUGUCGUGGCAAUUUGUUUUACCCUCGUUUUGCUGACCUUUCACCGAAUCAUCGAAUUAAAAUGUGCUGUUGGAUUUUUAUAUGCAAGUGUGCCAGCAGUGGUUUACAUUUCGUUUGUACGAUUUUAUAAAUUAUCCGAAAUCACUUUUGCCAAUAACAGCAUUUACGAAAUGGAAGCAUUUGUACAGUGCUCCAGUGGAUUGUGUUUGUUUUUGUUGAGCAUAACUGACGCAUACACAAUAUACAAACAGCGGAACAAACCUCUUUUAGGAACUAAAAAAUCAUCAGAUGAAGACGAAAGAAAUAUUGGAUAUAAACACACAUAUUCGACAUUUUAUUCCAAAAUUAUAUUUUGGUGGUUGACACCUUUAUUAUGGCAAGGUUACAAGGAACCCUUGGAACAAGAACAACUUGGCCACAUGCGUGAAGAAGACAGUGCUAGAGCUUUCUAUGACCAAUUCUUAAUAAUUUAUAAAACAGCAAGUGCGGGCAACAAACAUCCAUCACUAUGGUUAUGCUAUUUGAAGAGCAGUUGGCCGAUGUUUACUCUUGGUGGAUUGCUGAAAUUCUUCGGAGAUCUAACGGCUCUUGUCGGGCCGAUUUCAAUCGACUUAAUUGUUUCGUAUGUAGAGCAAUUUUACAAAUACCAAUCGGAUGCCUUGAUGAUGGAAUUAGAAGCGAAAAAACACAAUGUGUCGAUGACGGAGCAACAAAUGGACAAAACUUUUCUACAAAUUGCCAAUCUUAGGAGAGCCUACAUUGGGGCUUCGUAUCCAUUUGACCAAGGGAACUACUCGUACAACAACCAUUACGACCAUCAGGAGGAUUUGCCUGUCCCCCUUGUGUCUAAAACGGACAUAGUAAUUUACCAUCCCUGCUGGGCGGAUUUGCUGUCAAAUGGAUGGGCCAUUGCUUGGUUUGUUUUUGUGGCGUCGUUGGCACAAGGCACUCUUUCGCAAGCCUCUACACACAUUUUGAAUAUGACUGGAAUACGAAUAAAGACAUCCUUGCAAGGUUUAAUUUAUCGAAAAACACUACUCCUAAGCUCGAGUUGUUCUCCAACAGCAUCAACAACAACAACUAAUAGUGCCAGUACAACAAAGAGUACCCUAAAUAAUAACCAGAGGGCUGAUGAUGGUAAAGUUGGACAAGUCAACAAACAUAAUCAUCAUCAGUUGAAGCUGAAGCAGAGGCUGAAUAAACUAAAGGACAAUGGAGGGAGUUUUACAAAACCGAUUAGUUGUGAAAACGAUGUUGGAGCAGUUACAAAUCUUAUGUCAGAGGACACCCUUAAUAUUAUGUCAUUCUUCUGGAUAGCCCACUAUGUUUGGGCAAUACCAUUAAAGAUUGGCGUGGUAAUUUAUUUGCUUUACAUGCAAUUGGGAGAGAGUGCAAUUAUUGGUUCAUUCGUGUGUAUCCUUACAUUGACCCCUUUGCAAUUUCUAAUUGGAAAAGCAAUGUCAAAUAACUCGGAAAUUGUGGCGAAAUGCACCGAUGAACGUUUGAAGAAGACCCAUGACGUUUUGUGUGGCAUUAAGAUUAUCAAAUUGAAUGCUUGGGAGAAGGUCUUCGGAGAUAAAAUACGAACAGCAAGGAAUAUGGAAUUGAAGUAUCUUAACAAAGAUUCCUUUUACUGGACAUUGAUGACAUUUCUUACCCAUGCAUCAACAGUGCUAAUAACAUUUGUUACCCUAGCUGUUUACGUCAAGAUGGGUGCCGUCGACGAUGAUAUCAGCAUAAACAACACCAUUCUAUCGACAACGCUUGUGGCUUCUAACGGAAGUAAUAUUUCAGCAAACAUUAGGCAAAGCUCCACAACGAUGAUGAACAAAAGUGAGCAAAAGGUAGUUCAGUUUACAGCAAGUCGAUUGUUCUCGGCUCUUGCUCUAUUCAACCAACUUACCGUACCCUUGCUGAUUUUUCCCAUUACGGUGCCAAUAAUCAUUUCCGCUAUUGUCAGUACUCGACGAUUGGAGAAGUUUCUUCGUGAACGUGAAGUUCAAAAGCAGUUCGAAGGCAUCCGCCACAUGGCUCGAAUACUCAGCAAGAGUGACGCAUCUUUGGACAUGUACGAAGAAAAUGAAAUGCAGAGGGUAACUCCUACUCUGCCUCCACCAUACACACCCACUGCAUCGUCGUCGUCGUGUUCCUUGCCAUCGCCCUUAUCCACCACUGUCACGUUCAAUUCUGCAAUUCAACUUCCAAACAAUCAGCCAUCAUCGACAAGUCCAAGCCCACCACAACUAUCAUCGCCUCAGCCCUCUCCAAUUCCGGUAGUUGCUUCGUCCACGGAGAAUUUGAUUAAGCACGACAAUGCCAGUAACGGUGCCCGUGACGCAAAACAACUUCAAAAGGAGGACUAUUCAACAAGACAAGACGACUCAAUGGAAGGUGAACGCCACCAUCGUCAUCAUCGUUCCAGCCACCGAGCAUCCCAAGACAAAUCGAACGGUACAAACGAUUGCCAAACAUCACCUAAAAAACACAAAGACCUGAUUCGGAGUUCCCGGAUCGAACGGUUCAGAUCAAAACACCCGAAACUGUCAUCGACCAGUUCGUUGCAAUUUCAGGCUGCCGAUAACUUGGCUCUGUUCGUUAAGAAUGGACUUUUUUCCUGGGCAAAUUGCAAUACCAUGUUGCGGAUCGAUAGUUUGGAAAUACCUAAAGGUCGGCUCACUUUGGUUGUUGGAAAAAGUGGAAGCGGAAAGUCUUCCCUAUUGGGUGCUCUACUAAUGGAAAUGCAACAAAUAUCCGGUGAAAUUGUGUGGAAUAAAUUCGCAACAAUUGCAUAUGUCCCCCAAGUGCCAUGGCUUCAACAUGCCAGUAUACGUGAGAACAUCUUGUUUGGCGAGUCGUUUCGUCCGAAACGAUAUAACAUGGUCCUGGAAUCGUGUGCCCUUAAGCCAGAUAUAGAACUGAUGCCCAAAGGCGAUAUGACAAUAAUCGGUGAACGUGGCAUAAAUUUGUCGGGAGGACAAAGACAACGUAUUGCUAUAGCAAGAUCCUUGUAUUCCUCGGCCAAUGUUGUCAUCAUGGACGAUUCACUUUCAUCGCUGGACAAUGAAGUUUCCGGACACGUUUUUGAAAGGAGCAUUAGAAAAAUGUUAUUAAAUGCCAAUCGGACUGUUAUCCUGGUAACUCAACGUUUGCAAUUGAUACACAAUGCGGACUAUAUUGUCGUUAUGAAAGAUGGUUGCAUGCAGGCAGCUGGGAGUUACAAGGAUAUCGAGGCAAAUCAUCCUAAAAUUGUCGAUAGAUGGAAGUCGAUAAUCACAAUGAAUGAAAAGGAUAAAUUGUGUCGUGGAAGAACUGCAAGUGAAAGAUGGAAGCUGUUUAAAAACAUAACAAAACUUGGUCUUCAACGGUUGAAUACAUCAUCAAUUGAUAAUGAACAAAACUUUCCCUCCCUUCCAUCUGUAUUCUAUUGCAAACCAAAGAAACGCUCCAGUUUCUACAGAUCAAGACAUCUAAUCUACGAUAUGCCUAUUCCAAUUGAUGAAUGCCAAAACGACGAUGUCAUAAUACGACGACGCAAUAUCGGAUUCGGAAUCAAUUCAACUACAAAUGGCCAACGACGACCACAACGUGCAGCACAUUCCUUUGAAUUAAAACGAUACAGUUCUGUGCAUAAAAAAGAAAUCCUCAGAGUACACUCCUUGCAGCCUGAAUUGCAAGAACAUGAACCAACUCCACCUCCACCACUACUACAGCCUUCGGCAUCGUUAUCGUCCUCAACGAUAAUGAGAAAUAUCUCUUUUGCAUCUCCAGAACAGCAGCAGCAACAGCUAAAGCAGAAUAGCUUUGAAGAAUCUACACCCCUUCGAGGUGAUGAUUUGGACUUGAAGUCAUCGAAAAUAGGAUUUCAGCAAUUUUUGCAUCGAAUGUCAUCUCGCAAAUCGAAUCAACCAAAAACACCCACGGCCAAAAACCAUCAUCAGCAUCAGCUUCAGCAUCAUCGCCCGGUCAGUGAAACCAAUUCUAUUGUAAGCAUAAGUGAAGAACCCAUUUCAUCAACGGAUGUAUCGGCUAGAACAAGUUGGAUGGACGAUGAGCCGGAAUUGGUUAAAGAUAUAAAUCCUGAAACAUUGACAGAUGCCAAUGAUAACAACGUACGAGUCCAGGUACCCAAUGACGAUGAACGUAAAUACGGUGAAAUCCCAGCUGAAAUUUACAUGCUCUAUUUGAAAUCGGCCGGAUUGCCAAUUGUUGUGGUCUUUUUCACAACUGCCUUGAUAUGGCAAGGUUUACGAGUCUAUACUGAUAUAUGGCUACAACGAUGGACAGAUACGACUACUACAACAACAACAACAACAAAAAUAAGCAAUUCUACCUUGUCAAGUGUAAGCAAAGUCGGAGUUGGAGUCGGAGUCGAAGUCAUGUACUAUUUCCGUACGUAUGCCAUUAUCUCAAGCAUAUGCAUUCUAAUGGCGUUAAUAACAACUCCAAUGGGACAAAUUGCCGGAUGUAAUGCCAGGAGACUGCUACACGACAAGCUACUGCAAUCGAUCUUGACCAAGUCUUUGCAUUUUUUCCAAAUCACUCCCAUAGGAAGGAUAAUGAAUCGUUUUAGUAAUGAUAUGGCGAUAAUCGAUAAGAAAAUUGCAGCAACAAGUCAGAGACUCCUACAAUUCAUGCUGUUGUGCCUGUGUGCGAUUCUGAUUAAUGUUAGCAUAACGCCAUGGUUUGUGCUUCUAACGCUUCCAAUAUGUACCGUAUACUACAUCAUUCAGAAGUUCUACAGAUGCUCGUCUAGAGAACUUCAACGAAUUGAAAACAUGACCAAUUCACCUGUUAUAUCACAUUUAUCUGAGACAAUCGAAGGUGCUGUAACCAUUCGAGCUUAUAGUCAGGAGGCACGAUUUACAGAGAAAUUAUUUAAACAUCUAGAAGCUAACAAUAUUGCAUUUACACUCCUGAACACCAGCAAUCGCUGGUUAGGCAUUGCUCUGGAUUACUUGGGCGCAGUAAUCGUUUUUGUGGCUAUAUUGACAGCAUUGGUUGCAGCUACUAUUAGCACCAACAAAAACACCACCAGCACCAUCGGUAGCAGCAGCAGCAACACAAAAAACAAUAAUGCUUCUCAUAUGGAAACAGAAACAGCAACGACACAUGGACCAACGCCAUCACUUGUUGGUCUAGCUAUAAACUACACUCUCUUGGUGCCGAUCUACCUUAACUGGGUGGUAAAACUUUAUGCUGACAUGGAAAUGUAUGUGGGUUCCGUGGAACGUGUUGCAUAUUAUGCUGAGCAGCAGCACCAGCAGCAACAGAACCAGCAGCCGCGUAGAGACAAUGAGGAGACUUCAUCUUUUGCCAGUCAAGAGGCAAACCAUGUGAAUCCUUCGACGCUACCGCUGCCGUCGCCGCCGCCGCUCAAAUCCUGCCAGGAUGAAGUCAUCUAUAAAUCGGUACCAAUUUCAUGGCCACAAAAGGGUGACAUAGCAUUUGAAAAUGUCAGCAUACGAUAUGAGGGCCAAAAGGCAAAUGUUAUCACGGAUUUGUCUUUGAAAAUACCCGCUGGUCAAAGGGUUGGUCUUUGCGGCAGAACAGGCAGUGGAAAAUCCUCUCUGGUUUUGUCAUUGUUCGGUGUAUUGGAAACAAUUUCAGGGCGUAUUUUAAUCGAUGAUGUGGAUAUUUCGGAAAUAAACCCUGACGAAAUAAGAUCAAGACUUUCCAUUAUUCCACAAGAUGUACACUUAUUCAAUGCUAGCAUAAGAGAAAAUCUGGAUCCACAAGGACACUAUGCCGAUGUGGAUCUGUGGAAAUGUUUGGAACUUGCUCAAUUGAAGGACUUUAUUGUAAAAUCAAUGCCACAGGGUCUUGAUACAAUAAUCGAUGACAGCAGCAAGACUUUAUGUGCUGGAUAUAAACAGCUUUUUUGCCUUGCACGUGCCAUUUUAAGAGGAUCUGUGUGUCUGCUGUUGGACGAAGCAACAAGUUCAAUGGAUACAACAACUGAAUCUGCUCUCAUGGAUGCUGCACAUAAGGUUUUCCAAGGACGAACAAUUAUAACAAUAGCGCAUCGACUUUCAAUUUUAUUGGAAUAUGAUAGAAUUAUUGUCUUGGAAAAUGGACGAAUUGUCGAAGAUGGUACUCCAGCAGAAUUGAAGGCGAAUUUAAAUGGUCAUUUUUCUGGGUUACUGAACUCCGAACAUGUGCAGGGAUCGGAUGAUGUGAAAGUUAAUAAUUCACAAGAAAAUUUAAGAGAAGUAGGAAUGUAAGACUGCGCUGUUAGUACUUAAAUCGAUAUUGCUCAUACAUGUUCUACUUAAUAAACAAAGAUGUAUGUAAAUUAAUUAGAUCCGUUUUCUGAAGAGAAAUUUUGAUCUUAAAACUUAUAGAUUAAUUUUCGUAAACUGAUCUAACCAUUAUUUUUAUUGUUUUUAUAAUUUUAUAAAUUGAAAGAGUAUUAAUUAAUAUUUACAUUUUAUGUAUUUAAAUAAAUAAGAUGAAAAUCAUAUUAUAAAAAUCUGUUAA